AUGGAAAGUUCAAGCCCUACCCAGAUAGGCUUGCCCAAGGCCCAACCUAGGAGGGCCCACCGAAAAUCCAGAAACGGAUGUGUCCAGUGUAAGAGACGCAAGAUCAAGUGUGACGAAUCAAAACCGGAAUGUGGCAAGUGCACCAGUUUCCGCAUUCCAUGCAGCUUCUCCCCCUCUCCUUCUGCUAGUGUCUCGGGAGGGGAGUGCUCAUCCGAUAUCAGCCAUGGCUCACACGCUGAGCGCAGCAAAACAUUUCACAAGACUCGUGGACGCCCACGCAAGGACUGGUCGGCUAUUGAGUCAUCUUUACAGCAGGAAUCCAACAGUCCGGCCUCAACGCCGGGCUCCAGUGACAGUGGCCCGUCUCUCCUGAACGUGGAUCAAGCUGAGCUACUGCAUCACUUUACCACGUCUACCGGGCUGAGUUUAGCCAACCCAGAUGAUAGGGACGACCCCAUAACGCGAUUUUGGUCACACAAUGCACCGCUUGUCGGCUGUGGCUCGCCGGCAGUCCUACAUCUUUGCCUCGCUCUCGCCGCCCGGCAUCUUCUUUAUCUUGGCACGGGCCUCCACCACUUAAACCGCUCCCAUUAUGUCUCCUUGGCUGAUGAGCAUUUUGGGGCAGGCCUUGCCAAGGUUAAUGAGGCUCUCCGAAAUGUUAGUCCAGCAACUAGCGGUGCAACAUAUCUAUCAACUGUUCUCCUAUGCUAUUGUACCUUUGCUAGAGGGCCCUCGGGACCAAAAGAUUUCCUCGUGUGCGAUUUAUCAAAGAGCACGCCAAUGCGUUGGCUUUCCAUAGCCAAGGGUACUGCCGUCUUGCGUGAGACUUUUGGCGCAGAUACUCUCUUUACGGGACUCAUGUCUCCGUUCAACAAUCCUUACGGGACAUUGCCUGAAGAGGAUCCACGUCCUAGCUGCGUCUGCCAAAAAUUCCCAAAAAUAGAAUGGUCAGCGCCCCUGAAGGAGCUACGCUGUUGGAUCAUCUCAUGCGAGAGCGACAGUUGUGAAGUGCUGCUUGCGUCAUUGGACGUGUUGGAGAAUAUCUACGAGGCUACAUUUGGCGACGACCAGGGUGGAUUCAAAUGUGCUCCGAGGUUCAAAAUGGUAUUUAUAUGGCUGUAUUUUAUGCAAGACUCCUUCGUAUCAUGUCUUAACAAGGCCGAUAAUAAUCUGGCAUUGCUCUUGGUUGGCUAUUAUGCCCCUCUGUUGAAAACUAUGAGAAAGGUCUGGUAUAUUCACGGCUGGGCAGAGCAUAUUACAGCGGCGCUACAAUUAGAAAUCAAGGGGGAUCAUUCGAAGUUUAUGGAAUGGCCAGCAACAGCCAUUCGGUUGCUCGAAGCGCCCGACUUUGCUAAGAAUACGAAACCUCACUAUUAG